AAAGAUCUCAAGGAGUUUCCAGGUUCUGGAACUUUUCAAAACGUGACACUUUUCCCCCCCUUUUGGUCGCUAAAAUGGGAGCCGAGUCAGAAAUUGUUCCUCUGAUGGGGCUGUGCAGACGAUGUUGACCGCCGAUCAUGAGGAGCAGAGCCGAGGCGUGGAGGGGAGGCCCCGGUCACUGGCGGCCUUGAACCGCAGCAGCUGCAGCCGGCGCCCCAGGCGGGAGGCCCCUCCCCCGGGGGCCGCCCCCCCCCCCCCCCGCCCCUCGCCCCACCCGAUGCGCCGCCUGCCCCCGGGGCCCUUCAGGAACCCUCUUGGGAAGGAGGCCGGACUCUCUUUGGAGACGCUUCCGACCGGGCCUGCCGGAGAAGGCGAAGAAGCCGCCGCCUGGGCAGGGACACCAUGGAGGACUUCACCACCAGGACCUACGGGACCAGAGGCUUGGAUAACCGGCCUCUUUUCGGAGAGACGUCGCCGAGGGUAAUGGGGAAGGAGCUGCUCUCGCUCUCUGGGCAACCAUAAAAUAUUUUUUUGGGGGGAAACAUGGCUUCCAGCUCCCAGAACCCCCCAGCCAGGAAGCCUGGGAGUUGGACGCUUCCUGACGGUCGGAGCAAUGAAUCGGUGGAGCGGAAGUUGCCUCCAGCCGUUGUGGAUGCUCCAACAGUGGAGGUUUCUAAGAAGAGGUCGGGGAACCAUCGGUCUGAAGUUGGUGCAGGGUUUCCUGCCCAGGCAGGGGGCUGGACUAGAAGACCUCCAAGGCCCCUUCCAACUCUGUGAUUCUAACUCUGCCCGUCUUAAAGAUGGGUCUGUGGCCCUCCAGGGAAGGACUUGCAGUCUAUCCCAGGGGUCUCCAACCUUGGCCACUUGAAGCCUUGGAGGACUUCAAUUCCCAGA